CAGGGCCCGGGCGGGCGGGAGAGGCCCCCUACCUAGCAUGAGCAGAGGUUGGCCCCGGAACCGAGUGCGAGAGGGUAAGAGGACUCUGGGAGGUCUCCGGGCCCAGUUAGGGGUAGCACCGCGGCUGGUUGCCCUGGUAACCAAGACCGCGGGGGGAGGGCAGUCAGCUUUUUGAUCAGUGAGUCUGUGGUGAGGGUCUCUUCCCCCUCGAGUUGACCGAGGCCGUGGGUCAGGAGCUCCAAAUCCCCUUCCUUUCCCUCUCAUUCUCAGGAAGAUUUAGGGAUGGAAAGAGUGUGGGAAAGAGAGAGAAUACAUCUGGAGCAGGCGUAGAGAUGCUGUCCCCCAACCUAGGGCUUGGGAAGACUCAAAACAAGGAAAGUCCCUGACCCAGAGGGGCUAGAACCAGAGCUUGUGGCAGAGGCAGAGUGGCGUGGGACGAGGGCGGGUGUGACGUGGAGGAAAGAUCUAGGGGCAUUCCCGAGAAUACUGAUCGUGAGUCUCUGCGGUACCCCUUACCCCGACUGAGAAAAGGAGGUGGUAACAGGGACUUCGUGUUCCUUGGAAUCAAAUGACAACCACAGAUUUGUCAACCCACUCGAACCAGAUCAUGGAAUCAUCGCCAAAGGGUUUGCUCACUCAAGUGAAUCAACUCUGGAAUCUCCUAGAUGACUUGGCCGAAAGUGACCCUGAACACUAUGAGAAGUUCAUUCAACAGCAGCUGAAGGAAGGGGAAAGACACUGUGCUGCCCCAGAGCCACAGCUCUGUCUGCAGACCAAGAUCUUGAAACCAGAACAAAAAGUAUUAUUCAUCAAUCUAUGUCAGUGGAUGAGGAUUCCAGCACCCCAGUCAAAGGCAGAUCCUGUAUCUUUGAGUGUUGGCAAGCCAGAAGAUGUAUCUGAGACAUCAGAAUCAUACACAGUCAUUGAUAUUGCCUGCAACCCUGAUGUUCUCAAGGCAGCAAAAGAUGAUGAAAUAGAAAUGGAUCAACUAAUUCACCUAGCAAUGAAAUGCAUUGAGGAUCGAUAUCAAUUUACACUUUCCCAUUCCUAUUCCAUAACCAAAAUCAAGAAGAAAGGAAGCCUCCAAAGGAUGAAAAAGAAUUUUCUGGGAAUUCAAACUGACUCCACAGAUUUAAGUGAGAAAAUGAAGAAAGAACUAACACUUGAGCAGCUGAGAAACUGUAGUGUGAACAGUCAAGAUAACAUUCCUCAACUUUUGCUGCCAAAGGACCAUAUUCCAAGCAAACAAGGAUGUCUAAUUGAGGAAAUUUCUAGUAGUGAGCAUCAAGAGGCACUAAAGACUCCACACUAUAAGCUGACAGUUGUGAAGGAUCAGAAUGGAAGAUCACUGAAUAUUGAGAUGAAAGUUGAACUUCCUGGUCUUAGCUCUGUCUGCGACUGUGACCUUAGUGUUUCUAAGGAUGACUUGGUAAUUGAGGUCUCUCAGAAGUACCGAUUACAGGUAGAUCUUCCAGAAUUGAUCGAUACUGAAACAACUACAGCAAAAUUUGUCACAGGGAAAGCUACAUUAAUCAUCACCAUGCCAGUACUACAGUAAAAGUGCAACAUGGGUGUUAGUUCUACCUCUGAGUCAAUUUGUGAAGGAAUUAAAGGCUUUUGCAUCAUAGGUAAGAAGGUGGUGAUGUUAAGCACCAAUUUCAGAAUUCUUAGACCAUUAGCACCUACCAUUAGCACCUCCCUUCAGAUUAACAUAUUUCCUCUACUUUAUUGUCCCCUUCCUCACAAAGGAGCUCACCCUCAUCUUUGAUGACUGAAACCUUAAAUGCUACCUGUUUCCUCUGGUAUUUAUAACAGCCAUGAGUAACAAAAUUGUAGUUGGGAAAAUAAAAUGUUUUCGAGUUGCUUUUA